AUGAUUGUUAAUCUAUCACAUUUAUUGUUAUUAAAGAUAGUUAAUUAUCUUGAGGAUAACAUAGAUAGAAUAUGUGUCACUUUGAAAGAAAUACGAUUUUCAAUUCACCUUGCUGAAUAUGAUAUCGAUGAGAUAUUCAAAGAUCGAUCACAAUAUCAUUUAGAGACACUAAGUGUAAAUGCAAACAAACAAGAAGGGUACCGACUUCGACAAUCUAAAGAUCAAAGAACUGAUUGGAAUUUCAAACAUAUUAAUUUUUUAUGCGAGAUAUUCCAUUUUGUGUGGAGCCUUUAA